GGCAAGAUGCGCAAACUGAAUGCCAUGGCGCAGGGGCCGAUCAUGCACGCCUGACGCUCAGCCUCGCCUAUAGAUAGGCGCUGGGGGCCGCUUACACCUUUGUUAGAUAUAGCUCCACCUUGCUGCAUGGGCGACCUCAAAUCCCCAAUUCGUUAUACAUCAACUUCGUCAUGAGGCUCGUUUCCUUUGUUAUAACAUUCUACCAACUCUUCCUUGUCACCGGAGCUGCUCCGCUAGAGCUUAAAGACAACGAAUGCACGCAGCCCCAUAGCUCGAAAGCAACCUGGGAUCCCGUCGAUAAAUACACCGUCGAGUUGUUCCAAGCGGAAGCAACUUUGCGACCCAAACCCAACCUAUGUCUAUUCUACACGCGCGGCUUGAGCGAGACGGCACGCCGUUACGCGAAAACCAGACCAAAUGGGGAGUCUCCUAUGACAACGAUAUGGGAUGUCUGGCCUAGAAAAUACUACAACAGCGAAGCCACGAGUACCAAUCCACUGCGCUGUAUCAUGAACGACGAGACAUGGCGAACACAGUAUUACACAAACAUGUCCAAAGCCUUCGCUUCGCUCUGCGAAGUCUUUGCAACAGUCAUGGAUGCCAGUAUAGGACCAGGCGCAAAUACUCCAGGUUAUGUCAACAAGGGAGGCCUUUGGUUCCAAGCGGAGUUUCCAGUCCUACGAGAGCAGAACAAAGUCCUCAUGAUAGAAGCUAUAUCGCCAGAUGGACAAGUCGCCUGCACAUAUUGGACGAAAACGAAUGUUGUGCAGAACAGCAUUCACGACACGCAUGUAUACGGACGUGGCAUGGCUACAGGAAGCGAAGCAUGGCUGGACAUCUUCUCAGUAGCCCACCACUCGUUACGCGAAGACUGAGAUAUGAAUACGUUCGGCGAGUGAUUCCUGUGAAGACUCAAUGAAACAUCGCGUUCGCCACAAGACUAUCUCAUUCACGUUGUUCCCAAUCCCAUAACACAGCAGCCUAGAGAGCACACGAUAGGUGCUACCAUGAACAGAGCCCGCGACAGGAGUCGAGGUGUCCUAACCUUGGAUUUGACUACAUGAUCUUCCAGCCCAUACAGUUGCUAGACCAGGAGGUAUAGCGAAGGCUGU